AUGUCAAAUAUAAUUGUUUCUUCCAAAAUCCUCAAGAGUACUACACAUAUAAGCAGUAAUAUCAUAUGUGAACGUAUUGAACAAUAUAAUAGAGAAAUAAAGCAUGUAAAUAGCGGUACCGUACUUCAAGUAGGCGACGGUAUCACUCGUAUUUACGGUCUUGAUGAAGUAAUAGUGGGUGAAUUAGUAAAAUUUGACGAGGGUACACUCGACAUUGCUCUUAAUUUGGAAUCAAAUAAUGUUGGUGUUGUAUUAAUGGGUGAUGCUUUAAUGAUAGAAGAGGGAAGCUCUAUAAAAGCAAUAGGAAGAAUUGCUCAAAUACCAGUGAGUGAGGCUUAUUUGAGUCUUGUUAUAAAUGCCCUGACUAAACCUAUUGAUGGUCGAGGCAAAAUUUCAGUUUCUGAAUCUUGGUUAAUUGAAUCUUUCGCUCCAGGUAUUAUUUCAAGGCGCUCCGCAUAUGAGCCUCUUGAAACAGGCCUUAUUGCUAUUGAUUCGAUGAUCCCUAUAGGACGUGGUCAACGAGAAUUAAUUAUUCGUGACAGACAAACCGGUAAAACAACGAUAGCCACAAAUACAAUCCUCAAUCAAUUGAAACUCUUCUUUUUGAGAUCUUCCCCCUCUAUGUCACCUGUCAUGCUGACUAGGCAUGACAUUUUUUCUUAA